UCUCAUUUUCAGACCAAAUUCAACUUCACCAUUCUCUUUCCUUCGAUCACAUAUCUCCGUCUCUCUCUUCACCAUCUGCUACUUUCAUCAUCAUCAGCCUCCUCAAAUGGUCUCAGAAGAGGACAAGACGAGAAUUGUUUUCUUCACAAAGCCAUUGUCACUAGAAAGUGAAACAAAUGCUGAUCUCAAAGCUCCUAAUAUACUUAAGCGCGUCUUAAGUCUAUUCAGAAAUGUACGGCCAGGAUCAGAUCUCUCUCGCUUCCAGCUGUCACCUCUCUUUAACACACCAAAGUCACACCUCCAAUGUUUCGGCGAAUCAGUAUACUGCAUUAACAAUGAUAUGUUAGGGAGUUGCAACAAUGGGGAAACCCCAAAGGACAGGUUCACAGCGGUUGUAUCAUGGAGUAUUUCUACUUUGCGUCCUGUGAUAUUUGGAAUGGCUCCAUUCAACCCCAUUCUUGGGGAAACUCAUCAUGUGUCAAGGGGAAACCUCAAUGUCCUACUUGAGCAGAUUUCACAUCAUCCACCAGUCACUGCACUGCAUGCAACUGAUGAGAAAUCCAACGUUGAAAUGAUAUGGUGUCAGCAUCCUUCCCCCAAAUUCUAUGGUACUUCAGUGGAAGCUGAGGUGCAUGGGAAAAGAGAACUGAAGCUCCUGAAUCACGGAGAAACUUAUGAAAUGAACUCCCCAAAACUCGUGAUCAAAUUCCUCCCGUUACCUUCGGUUAAUUGGGUUGGUGAACAUAGGAUCCGCUGUCAGAAAACCGGCCUUGAAGCUGAGUUGCACUAUGGAAGUAGUUCCUAUUUUGGUCUUAGGGGAAAUCCUAGAUCAGUUAAGGGAAAGAUCUUUGAUUCAUCAUCAUUGAAGCUUCUUUAUGAGAUAGAUGGUCAGUGGGAUAGAACUGUCAAAUUGAAGGACGUUAGCAGUGGGAAAGAAACAGUUAUAUACAAUGCGAAAGAAGCCAUCUUAGGACUCAAGGCUCCUGUUCUUACAGAUCCAAAGGGAGUCUGGCCUAGUGAGUCAGUUGUGAUCUGGGGUUUGUUAAGCCAAGCUAUCCUUAACAAGGACUGGGGAAGAGCAAGAGAAGAGAAGACACAAGUUGAAGAAAAACAAAGGGAGCUAACUAGACAAAGAGAAUCAAGAGGUGAAACUUGGGCUCCAAAACAUUUCUUUGUGAAAUACAGCAAAGAAGUUGGAUGGGAUUGCUCACCUAUUCACAAGUGGGUCUCUCCUGCUCCCAUAUCUGUAUCCAUCUCAUAGGUUAUAAUUUGCAUCAAAAAUCAGAAAAAGCUUAUUGGCUUCAACACUUUCUUCUCUAGAUUCAUGGACUUUUUGCUGUGAUGGUGGGACUGUUAUUAGUAGCUAGAUGUUGAACAAGUGAACAACAACCCACCUGUGUCAAUUAAAUUGCUUUGUUUCUGAAUUACAAGUACAUGAAAGAAACCUACCAAACCGUGUUGGUUGAGAAAAAAUGGCACCAUUUAAUCG